UUUCUAUAUAUAUUUAAAUUCUAUUGACUUCCAUCUCCAUAUUAAAAUCCCAAACAUGUUGCCUUUUCUCAAUUUUCAACAAUGUAUUUCAUCUCCAUGCAAAACAUAUGUCUAUAACUACCAACCCAAUUCCCGGGCUUUCCUUCCCAACUGAAAUUCAAAUAUAUUCGACCGUUGAAAAGUUUAUAUAGAGAAAAAAAUAGAGAGCAAGAGGUAAAUGCGAGAGAUGGCUCGUCUCUUUUCACGGCCUCUUAAUUUUGAAUCAAUUGUGAGAGUUUUGAGAGGAUUCCGGCGAGUUGGAGCUGUCAAUCAUGGAAAAUCACUCCAUUCUCAGCUGAUCAAGCUUGGGAUUUGUGGUAGUACCUUCAUUGCUAACAAUUUGAUGUCCAUGUACUCUGAGAUUGAGUUGCUUGAUGAUGCUCGGAAGAUGUUUGUUGAAAUGCCUGAGAGGAAUGUUGUUUCUUGGACUGCUUUGAUUUCAGCACAUAUUUAUGCUGGAGAGCCUUUUGAGGCACUGAGAGUCUUUGAUCAAAUGCUGGAGUUUGGCUUGGAGGAACCCAAUGGGUUUACGUUUUCUGCAGCAUUGAAGGCGUGUAGUUUGCUGAGAGAUAUUGAAUACGGCCGGUGGAUCCAUGAGCUUGUUUCGAGAGCUGGGUUGUUGUUUGAUACCGUUCUGAUGAACUCUGUCCUUGAUAUGUAUGUUAAAUGUGGAAGUGUCGAGGAAGCUGCGAGAGUGUUUGAUGAGAUUUUUCCGGGAAACUUUACUUCAUGGAACACGAUGAUUGCUGGGUAUUGCAAAGAAGGUAACAUGGUUGAAGCGGAGGAACUAUUUUGUCGAGCUCCUCAACAUGAUGGCGUGUCAUUUAACUGUCUCAUUGCUGGAUUUGCACAGAUAGAGAGUCCAAAGGCUUCAGAGUAUGUUUGUUUGAUGCAUAAGCUUGGUUUUAAGCUAGAUCAUUUCACUUUUCCGUGUGCUUUGAACACAUGUGGUAGCCUAAGACUUGAACAGUUGGGAAUGCAAAUUCAUAGUUACAUUGUCAAAUAUGGUUUCGAGUCAUGCCAUUAUACAGGGCCAGCACUUGUUGACAUGUAUGCGAAGUGUGGCCGAAUUAAUGAAGCAAGAGAGUUGUUUGAUCAAUACUCACGUCAAUGUCCUCUUUGGGACAGAGUGCCGCUCUUCAAUUCAAUGCUUUCAGGAUAUGUUUGCAACCAGAAUGAAAGGGCUGCUCUUGAUCUGAUUUUGGAAAUUUAUAAAUUGGCCGUUGGGAUGGAUGCAUAUACUCUCUCUAGUGCUUUAAAGGUUUGUAUUAACCUGCAGAAUUUGAAGAUCGGAAUGCAAGUUCACAGUUUGAUAGUCACAAACGGUUGUCAUUUUGAUUCCAUUGUGGGAAGUGUUCUUGUAGAUCUAUACACCAAAUGUUGCAGAUUAGAUGAUGCACGAAAGGUUUUUGCUGGGCUUCCAAGUAAGGAUGCAAUAGCUUGGUCAGGACUAAUCACUGGUUGUGUUCAACAAGGAUCUCAUGGAUUAGCAUUUUCUCUGUUCAGAGACAUGAUUAGUUCAAGUGUUGGAUUAGACCACUAUGUUGUUUCCAGCAUUGUGAAAGCAUGUUCUGUUUUAUCAGCUAUUCAAAGUGGAAAACAAGCUCAUACUCUCUGCAUUAAGAGCGGGGUUGAUACGGAGAAUGUCAUUGUUGCAUCUCUCAUUGACAUGUACUCAAAAUGUGGGGAUAUUGAUGAUGGUCUUGCAGUUUUUGAGUCUGUUACUAAGAAGGAUGCUGUUAUCUGGACAGGAAUGAUCAUCGGUUGUGGGAACAAUGGAAGAGCCAUGGGAGCAAUUAAUCUUUUUGAAAAGAUGUUGGAAUCAGGGGAGAAGCCGAAUGAGAUUACUUUUCUUGGAGUUCUUUCUGCUUGUAGACAUGCUGGUAUGGUUGGCGAGGCAUGUGCAUUUUUCAAACAAAUGAACGAUACACAUGGUUUAGCUCCUACUUCGGAGCAUUAUUUUUGCAUGGUGGAUAUUUUAAGCCGAGAUGGAAGGUUCGAAGAGGCAAAGAAAUUGAUUGGUGACAUGCCUUGUGAAGCCAAUGAAACAAUUCUGAACUCUUUGCUCGCUGCAUGUGCAAUCCAUCAGAAUGCUGAUCUCAGCAAACUUGUUUCAAAAGAACUGCUUCAAGAUCCAAUCCAUGAUACAUCGCAUUAUGUAACCCUUUCGAAUGUUUGUGCUAGUUUGGGUUUGUGGGAUGGUUCGGCUAAGUUAAGAGAGAUGAUUAGAAGAGUGAGUCAAAAGGAAGCUGGAAGAAGCUGGCUUGAAGCCUCGCCGUAACGCACGCUAUGUAAUAUUUGCUGUGCAAGAUUUGUUCAGAGGGUAAUGCGAUGAAGCUUGGUAUCGACACAAGGUAUUUAUAUUAGUUCUUUGAUCAUAAUAUUGUUCGUUUUGCGUUAUCUUCAUAAAUUUUGCGUUAUCUUCAUAAUACUCAAGCUAAAACCGGUUGAACUGUUCUCGGAGUAAAUCCUGCUUAACGAGGAAUGACUUGAGAAAACUUGGCUUUAGUUCCGAAGGGUGAAAUCAUUGGAAAGAUUCAGCUACAUAAAUAAUCAGAAACUAAUCCAGUACAUACGACACGAAGAGAUUGUUAAGGUAUGAAGGGGAGUCACAUUUUAAGACUCUAAUAAGCGACAGCGAAAAAAUAAUUGGAAACAAAUGCUAUUUACGCUCAUUGUUGUGUUAUCUUUAAUUGCAUGUGUUUUGAUGCAUACACUAAGUUACUAGUGUUCUAUGUAUAUUUCCUAAUGUAUUGGUUUCGGCAUAGAAUGAAAGCUGUUUGAUGAGCAGAGUGUGAGGAUUCU